CAGAAUUGCAGUCCUAAAUAGUCACAACGCUCCCCAAUAUAAUCCAACAAAACACGCCAUAUAUUCAUUCUUUAGUCCGCUCUAAAUCCUAUCCAAUAUACCUUUUCUCAAUCUCUUCUUCUUCUCCUCUCUCUCGCUCGCUCAUAUAUUUUUGUCUCAAAUUAAAGAAUCCUCUCGGAGCCACCCAGAAACGAUGAAACACAAAUUCUCCCUCUGUUUCCGGCCGGUCGCCGUGGAAGCAGAGGACGCUGUUGUUGUGAGUCAUGAUCAUCAUGUGUGUGAUGAUGAUUCUGUUUCAACAAAAAUUGUCCCAGGUGGAAAUAACCAACUGGUUUCAUCAUCGACCAGCGAAUCAUCAUCGUCCUCGGUGUCGGUCCGGAAAAACCGAAAAUUGAUCCGACGAAAACGUGUCGCAUUCAAGCACUUUCCUAGCCUCUUCAAAGCCAUUGUUUUUCCCGAUCCUAUGAAAAAUAUUCAUCAACUUGAGCUUCAGCUCAAAAGCAAGGGUCCAGUGAAAAACAGAAAGCCUUUCCACGUACUGAAAAAUGAACCAGGGAAACCAGAAACCAUUGCUGAAUCUGAGAAUCAGCCAGAAGAAAAGUCCGCCAUUGAUCUUCUGACCUUGAGCUCAUCAAGUUCUACAUCUGAAUCAAAAACGCUGCGAUCAAGCCAUGAAAAACCAAUUGCUUCUUCUUCGAGUUGGAUGUCAUGUUUCUGCACGAUUGUUUUGGCCCUACUUGCAACCAUUUUUCUGGGUAAGAUCGGAGCCAUAGUAUCAAUAUCGCUGGGGCUGAGCGGUUUCCAUUGGCUGAUUGGGUAUUUCCGGCCACCGUUAGAUAUGAUGAAGUCAGAGACGGCGGCUCCGAGGGAAAAUCUUAAAAUAUGACAAAGAUAUUGACGGCGACUACUAUGUUGCGCCUCAGUGCCGUAUUCUUUAAAUUAAUAUUAAAAAAAAAAAGAAUAAACAACUGUCUUAUAUUACCUCUGGUUAUUAUAUCUGAACAUUAGGUAACUAACUGUAAGUAGGAAUUGAAGUUUGCUUUCUUUUUUUGUUUUUAGGAAGUUUGUUUUUUAAAGUGUGAAUUUUAUUACACUAAGGGCACAUUCUAAGUUUUAUUCACUGUAUAUUAUUAUUUACCAUGAAUGAGAUUUUUCACAUGUUUACA